AUGGGUAAUAAGAAUAAGCGAAAACACCCCGAGCUCGAUGAGAUUCUGGAGCGGCCUUGGUGCUACUACUGCGAGCGAGACUUCGACGAUCUGAAGAUUCUCAUCAAUCAUCAGAAGGCCAAGCAUUACAAAUGCGAGCGAUGUGGCAGGAGGUUGAAUACAGCUGGAGGUCUCUCUGUGCACAUGACACAGGUCCAUAAAGAAUCACUUGCUUCCAUUGAAAAUGCACUUGGUAAUCGCGCUGGGCUAGAUGUCGAGAUCUUUGGAAUGGAAGGUGUUCCAGAAGACGUCAAUCAGAGCCACAGGCAACGCGUCAUCCAACAGUACGCCCAGGCCGAGGCAGAACGAAGGGCCGCGACUGGCAACCCUGGUCCAGGCGAUGGCGCCAAUGGCGCUGCAAAGAAACCAAAAAUUGAAGAAGUGUCAGAUGUCAAGAAACGAUUGGCAGAACACAAAGCGAAGAAGGCUGCGGAGGCAGCGGCUGGCGUCAACACCGGCAAUAAUUCAAUGGGUGAACCGAGCGACCGAGUUCAAAGUCCAGCUGGCUACCCUCAAGCCGGGUCUCCCAAUUACCUUCCUCAGCAGCCGAACUUCAAUGGCCCCAAUAAUCCGCCGUAUCAGAACCCCGUGCAACCUUAUGGGCAGCAACAAGCCCCUCCAUUCUCGCAGCAUUCGUCGCCACCGCCAUUCAGUCAAGCACCACCGUCUUUCAGCCCUGCAGUUUUCAAACAAUCAAGGCUUCCCCCACAGCAAUUCCAGCCUCCGUCAGGGCAAGGGCACUCGCCGUUCCAGGGUGGGCCACAAUUCCAGAAUGGACCGCCACAGUUCCAAGGUGGUCCCCCUCCGCAGUUCCAAAACGGACCUCCACCACACUUUCAGAGCGGGCCUCCACCGCAAUUCCAAAAUGGUCCUCCACAAUUUUUAGGAGGCCCACCUCAAUUUCAAAAUGGCCCACAAUUUGCGCAUGGGUUGCCUCAGCAAUAUGGUUCCGGGUCUCCUGCACCAUUCUCACAAAAUCAAUUUCAACCGCCGAGGCAAAAUAUCACACCUCCACAUUUCAAUAGUAUCCCGCAGCGUCCUGGUAGUCUGCCUUCUGCUCCCGGAUUGCCUCAGCGGCCGACAGGUGGACCUCCGCCUGUUGAUGCAGCACAGCUUCAGCAAAUGCACUUAGGCCAUCUGCCAGCCCAGCAGAACCCUUUAUCGAAUCAACAAUCUGGACUCCCUCGAAUACCAAUGCCUCCUGCAACGCAAGGGCCUCCAGCUGGGAACGUUAGCUCCGUAGGUGUUCCCGUCCCAGGCGCUUCACAAGAUGCAGAUAAGACCAAUGACCUCAUCGAUUCCAAGUCAGAGCAGCCAAAGGUCGCGCCUGAAGAGAAGAAAGGCAAGAAAGAAAAGGAUCGAGGCAUGAGGCUGGUCUACUCAGAUAACGAUGUUAGUCCGGAAGAGAAGAUGGCGAAGUUGCCAAGGUACGCAUUUGCUCCAGCCGCAUAG